AUGCCAUGUGAAAGCUGUGUGAAGGGGGACAAUAUGAGCACUAAUGCAACCGUGGAGCUCCUCCUGCUUGGCUUCUCUGAGCUGCUCUGCCUGUGGGUCCUCCUCUUCCUUAUCCUUCUUAUUGUCUGUUUGAUCACAUUGUCAGGGAAUAUGAUGAUCUUCAUGGCAGUAGUUAUGGAGCCGUCCCAUCCUCCCAUGCUUUUCUUCCUCUGACAGCUUUCUGUCAUCAAGCUCUGCUAUGCCUUAGUCAUUGUACCUGAGGCACUUCUCAGCCUGAUAGUGGUGGAUGGCAGUACCGUUUGUUUCAUGGCUGCACAGAUGAACUUGUUUGUGGCAUUUGGUGGGGCUGAAUGCUUUGUCCUGGAAGCCAUGUUGUAUGACUGUUAUGUUGCCAUCUGUCAGCCACUUCACUACGUUGCUGUGAUGAGUGAGGGGUUCUGCCUCAGGCUGGCUGUGGCAUACUGUCUGGGAGGCUUUGUGGUUGCUCUGGGGUUAACAGUGGCUGUUUCCCACUUACCUUUCUGCAAGCCACAUAGCAUCAACCACUUCUUCUGUGAUGUCUCUGUUGUGCUGCACCUGGCCCGUACAUAGAGUUACAGCCCUGAGCUGCCUUUGCUGGCUGCCUGUGUGCUCCUCCUGCUGCUCCCCUUACUCCUAAUCCUGACCUCAUAUGUUUGCAUUGGUGCUGCUUUGUUACAUGUCACCUCCUCUGUGGGAAGGGGCAAGGCCUUUUCCACCUGCAUUUCACACUUGGCCGUCACCUUGCAAUACUAUGGACGUGACACCUUCAUGAACAUUUGUCCUAAAUCUAGUUACUCACCAGCUCAAGACAAGAUGGUCUCUCUGAUCUACACCAACAUUACUCCAUUACUGUAUCCCCGCAUUUAUAGCCCGAGGAACAAGGAAAUCAGAGGGGUCAUCAGGAAAAUGUCAAGAAGGAAGAAAAUAGCUCAGCUGAACUGGGAUACUAUCAGAGCUGUGAUGUGUGUGUGGUAA